AUGGAAUCACAUUCAAAAGAAAGUUUUAAUGGUGAUCAUAAUCAACAACAACAGCAACAGCAACAACAAUCAAAUGGUUUUGAAGAUACCAUGCGAAGUGAUCAGAGUACAGUAAUGGAUUUUAAUAAAAGUGGAAUAUUUGUUGAACGUACAUUGGCUCUAAUUAAACCAGAUGCUGUUAAUAAAGCAAUUGAUAUUGAAACAGUUAUUCUUAAUCAAGGUUUUACUAUUCUUCAAAAACGACGUGUUAUAUUAACAGCUGAACAAUGUUCGGAUUUCUAUAGUGAACAUUAUGGAAAGAAAUUUUUUCCAAGUCUUGUUGCAUUUAUGACAAGUGCCCCACUUGUUGCUAUGGUUUUAGCUAAAGAAAAUGCUAUUCAACAAUGGAGAGAAUUAAUUGGACCUACAAAUUCCGAUGUUGCCAAAGAAACAAAUCCUGAUAGUAUUCGAGCAUUAUUUGGUACUAAUGAACAAAAAAAUGCCGUACACGGUAGUGAUAGUGCAGUUAGUGCUGAACGUGAAAUUCGUUUUUUCUUUCCGAAUUGUAUUGUUGAACCAAUUCCAGUUGGACAACCAGCUAAAGAUUAUCUUGAACAAAAUGUUAAUAAAACAUUAAUGAAAGCAUUAACAGCUUUAUGUAAAGAAAAACCAAAAGAUCCAGUUUUAUGGUUAGCGGAUAAAUUAAUGGAAAUAAAUCCAUAUAAACCAAAAUUAACACAAGUACAUACAUCAUCAUCAUCUCCUGAUGAUCUUAUUAUUAUUGAAUAA